CGAUUGAUCUGCGAUCUCAUCUUAACAUGUACUCCGUAACAUUCUGCAAUUACGGAAAGAACCCAUAUGUGUGCAGUAAUUAUCCAAGAUAGGAAUAAAUUUCCCCAUGGCCAAAAUGGGGAAUUCAUCUUCGCCGAUCGCUCCACGUCAACAACCGACGGGCAAAUCCACCGACUACCUGAAAACCAAAGGGAUAUCCUCUACCUUCACCCUCACCCUCACUCAUCGAAUCUCUCAAUUCCUCUCUUUACGCAUCUAAACAAAACCUCUAUAUUAUUUAUUCAGCUGCGACUUUCAUUUCUAACGUCACAUAGAUUCAGAGGAAGACAAUUCAAUGAGAGGGCGUGAUCGGAUCAAUCAAAUCCAAAUCCUGCCGGAUGAAAUAAUUAUAGAGAUUUUCCGGCAGCUGGAAUCGAAAUCAAGCCGCGACGCAUGUGCACUCGUCUGCAAACGUUGGCUCCGUCUCGAGCGCCUCAGUCGUCUCACUUUACGAAUUGGUGCUUCCGGCUGCCCCGACGCCCUUGUGAGGCUGCUCGCUCGCCGCUUCGUCAAUGUCCGCAAUGUAUUUAUUGAUGAGAGACUGUCCAUUUCUUUCCCGGUUCAACUUGGAAGAAGACGUGGCACUGAUCAUUCUGUGAUUUCAUCUCUCAGCAUCCACUCCCUGGCUGAAACAAAUGGCUCGGAAGACAACGAAACUGAAUCUUACUGUUUAUCAGAUGCUGGGUUGACUGCUGUUGCUGCUGGCUUUACUAAGCUUGAAAACCUGAGCUUAGUAUGGUGUUCUAAUGUGACACAUGUGGGGCUGAGGUCUAUAGCUGAGAGGUGCAUGUCCUUGAAGUCUUUGGAUUUACAGGGCUGUUAUGUUGGAGAUCAAGGUUUAGCAGCUGUUGGGGAGUUCUCCAGGCAACUUGAAGAUUUGAAUUUGCGAUUCUGUGAAGGCCUAACUGAUGCAGGCUUGAUUAAAUUGGUUGCUGGUUGUGGUAAAACAUUGAAAUCGAUCAGUCUGGCUGCCUGUGCAAAAGUAACUGACACCUCCUUGGAAACUGUCGGAUCUCAUUGUAAAUCUCUGGAGUCCUUGUCACUAGACUCAGAGUUUAUCCAUGACAAAGGUGUACUUGCUGUUGCCCAAGGAUGCCGUCAGUUGAGGUUUCUGAAGCUACAAUGCAUCAAUGUUACAGAUGAUGCUCUGCAAGGUGUUGGCACUUGCUGCUUGUCGUUGGAGUUGUUGGCUCUUUACAGUUUCCAAAUAUUUACGGACAGGAGUCUGUGUGCUAUUGGUAAAGGCUGCAAACAGUUAAAGUCUCUUACCUUGAAUGAUUGUACUUUCUUAAGUGACAAAGGCUUGGAGGCGGUUGCAGUUGGUUGCUCCAGGCUCACGCAUCUUGAAGUUAAUGGCUGCCACAAUAUAGGAACAUAUGGACUGGAGUCUAUUGCAAGAUCUUGCACGCAUCUCUCUGAGUUGGCCUUGCUGUACUGUCAAAGAAUUGGUAAUUUCGCAUUGUCCGAGAUCGGAAGAGGGUGCAAGUUCUUGCAAGCUUUGCAUUUGGUAGAUUGUGCGAGUAUUGGGGAUGAAGCCAUAUGUUCUAUAGCUAGAGGAUGCUGUAACCUCAAAAGGCUCCACAUCCGUCGAUGCUAUGAGGUUGGAAAUAAGGGAAUUAUAGCUGUUGGUGAGAACUGUAAAUUUCUUACAGACCUUAGCCUUCGGUUCUGUGAUAGAGUUGGGGAUGAAGCACUUGUGGCUAUUGCUGAAGGUUGCUCUCUGCAUCAUUUGAAUGUAAGUGGCUGCCACCAAAUUGGGGAUGCUGGAAUAAUAGCCAUAGCAAGAGGAUGCCCUGAACUUAGUUACUUGGAUGUGAGUGUUCUCCAGGAUUUGGGGGAUAUGGCCAUGGUGGAGCUAGGUGAAGGAUGUCCUUUGUUGAGGGAUAUUGUGCUGUCCCACUGUCGUCGAAUAACAGAUGUAGGUUUAAGUCAUCUUGUGAACAAGUGUACCUUGCUGGAAACUUGUCACAUGGUCUAUUGCCCCGGAAUUACUGCUGCUGGAGUAGCCACGGUGAUCACAAGCUGCUCAAAUAUGAAGAAAGUUCUUGUUGAGAAAUGGAAAGUGAGCCCAAGGACCAAAAGGAGAGCAGGAUCCAUUAUCUCCUAUCUCUGUGUUGAUCUGUAGAUCUCUUUACACUUGUUACUACUCUACUUCUUGCAGCCCCAAUCAACAGCAGCAGGGUUAAAGCAGACUAUCCCUGUGAAUAGCCAGUUUAAGGUACAAAUUGCCCUGACACACAGAAGGCGCCUAAUGUCGUGACAAUUUGUCUUUUACUUUCUCAUGUAUGUUUUUUCAGUGUUUUCUUUUUCCAAAUCUCACAGGAAUGUGUUUGUUGAUUGACUUAUUGUAGAAUCCGUCUCUUGUUAUUUUAUUUGCUUAUUCUAUUCAAGGUAUGGGGUGGGUGUGCGGCUUGUUCCCUUCAGAUGUGUAGGAUAAAAUGGUCAAGGCAGCCAUGCUUGUGCUAUGCUUUUUCAAGGGUAUGCUGCUGCCAAAGCCCAUUUUUGUCUUAUGGGUCUUUCUGGCAUUCGCAUAGAUGAAGUGCAGAGGUGCAGUACUGAAUGCAUAAUGUAGAUGUUGCUUUGUAGUGGAAGAAGCUGAUAUGGGAGCACAUUCUGAAACAACUCUUCCAUGUUUCGACGGUAGAUUUCUGUUCUGUUCUGUUCGAAGCAGCUCUAGAAUUGAAUUUGGCAGAGAUUGGACCACGACGUGCAAUUCUUUUAUGAUCGUGUGUAUUCAUGUAAGAGUCACAAGGUAUGCAAUUCUUUUAGAGGAAAAGGUUACAAAAAAAAAAUGCAGUUAGAACCAUAGAUGUUACAUGAAUCUCUACCAAAUGAACAACUUGAAAGGAGUAUGGUUUUCUGGAAAAAGUUCCUUUUUACAUGUAAUUUGUCAAAGGAUUUUAUAUCAUGUAUUUGCUAGCGUAAAGAAUUUUUAAACUAACAAUUUGUGCCAACACGUGGUACGUCUGUUUCCAUCUUUCCA